AUGGAACUAGGAGACCUCCCUCCCCCGGACCACUCAACGCUGCACCUGCCGCGGCUCCUCAUGCUCCACGGCGGCGGCACCAACUCGCGCAUCUUCCACAUGCAGUGCCGCAGCCUCGACUACCACCUCAAGGCACACUUCCGCACCAUCUACGUCGAGGCGCCCCUCCCCUCCACCGCGGGCCCGGACGUGCUCACCGUCUACGCCGAGUGCGGGCCCUUCAAGCGCUGGGUGCUGACCACCGAGCCCAACGCCGUCGAGCGCCAGCCCAAGGAGACCUGGGCCCUGGACGAGCGCGCCAUCGCCGACGCCAUGGACGCCGACGACCGCCGGGGCGCCACGGGCCGCUGGGUAGGGAUCCUGGGCUUCAGCCAGGGCGCCAAGAUGGCCGCCAGCGUGCUGCUGCGCCAGCAGGAGAACCGGCCCGCGCUCGGCCGCGUCGGGGACCGCCACCAGCACGGCUCCGGCCCCGCCGCCGACUUUCGUUUUGGCGUCCUCCUGGCCGGCCGGGGCCCGCUCAUCCAGCCCGACCCGGAUGCUGACUGGCUGGGGGCUGAGGAGAAGUUCGACUACGCGAGCAACGCCGCUGCGGAACGGGUGCUGCGCGUGCCGACCAUCCAUGUCCACGGGCUGCAGGACCCCGGGCUGGACUACCACCGGAAGCUGCUGUCGGAGUGGUGCGAGCCCGGCACCACGCAGCUGAUUCAGUGGGAGGGGAACCACAGGCUGCCGUUUAAGACGCCUGAUGUUAGUAAAGUGGUGAAUGCUAUUUUGGACCUGGCGCGGAAGGAGGGCGUUUUUCGUUGA